UUAUUUUUAUAUGACGUAAAUAUGUAUAUAAUAUUGAAUAUGCAUUAGUACAUUUUUUAAGAAAACAUGUACUCAAAAUCUGCUUGUGGAUUUACAGUUGCAAUUCCAUUGCUGAUGACACUCAACUUAAAUUAUGUCAUAAAAAGAGCUUUUGCAGGGGAACAUCAUAAAUGUCCGAUCAAUAAUUACCAUGAUGGAGAUUAUUGCAUAGAAUGUCCAGCCGGGUAUUUUGGUGUCAACUGUACAAAUAUAUGUCCUCCAUUAUAUUACGGAAUUAUGUGUCUCCAGAAGUGCGAUUGUUCAACUUGUCACCAUGUCCAGGGCUGUAUUUCUACUACUCGGAUACCAGUUGAGAUACUAGGAACAACGAGCCAUAAAUGUGUGUCCAAAGAUGAAAUAAAGGACACAACAAAAACAAAAGAAUUAACCUCUAAAAAUGAAAACAGAGCUAAAAUACAACGCAGAGACAAAACACAAGACUCAAAAACCAAUUUUGGUUGGAAUGUAGUUAUUUUUGUUGUUGGAUCUUUAUUCAGUUUUAUAUUAAUACUUGCAAUUUUAAGAGAAAUAUGUCUCUGCUUACAAUUAUCUCGGCCUACUGGCCUUUUGACUACCUUUGGUGACGUUUAUACAGAUAUUGCUGAAAUGGAAGAUAGAAGAACAGACUGA